AUAUUGGCAGCAAAGCCAACGCGAUGUUAAAGAGAUGUUCGCUGUAAGAGCGUCUCCAUUGAUCUUCAAAUGUGUUUUGUGUUUUUGGUUUAAAAACCAUUAUUUUUCCCUUUUCAAGCUUUGGUCAGAUCACGAUGACAUAACAAGGAUAGAGAGACAGGGAGAGAGGGAGAAAGAGAGAGAGAUCAUAACGUUCCGAAGUCGUGUCACUAAAGCGAAAAUAGGUGAAAAAGUCAGGUGAGCUUUCCAGAUCUGAAAAAAAACAACAAACAACCUAACAGGAUAUAUCCCAACCACGCAAGUAUUCUCCCCUGAAUUUGGGGAGACUUCAAUCAAUAUGAUAAACUGAACAGAUGAGGACUUUCAAAGCGGACAACAUAAAAAAGAUGUCAAAAUAUUUUUUGAAAUGGAAACAACGCCUUCGCAAUGAAAAUGACGUGUCUAAAGAAGAUAUCUUUCAGUUUAUCGUAAUAGGAGAUGCUUCAGUCGGCAAAACAACAUGGAUCAAUCAUUUUUUCAGCGGCUAUACAAGCAGGACUUUUGCCCCGACGAUCGGAAUUGAUUUUCGUUGUAAAAGAAUGAACUAUAGAAUCGUCCAAACAUUACCGAACGGGCAGUCAAAGGUUUACUAUCGUCAAGCAUCUGUACAAAUCUGGGAUACGGCUGGAAUGGAAAGGUUUCGAGCCUUGACUUUGUCUUACUUCAGACAAGCCAGGGGUUUCCUUCUAAUGGUUGAUCUGACCAAUGAGAAUACUUUCGUCAAUGCAUUUGAUUGGCUACAAAAGGUCGAGGAACUGGCUCCUGUUACAGGCUAUGACAUCAUUAUUUUGGCCAACAAGUGUGACCUCAGGAGUUUCAAAGACGUCAACGAUAUAACUUUAGAAGAAUUCGCCAUCAAAAACAGCCUGGUCUAUCUUGAAACAAGUGCAGUCACUGGUAAAAAUGUUACAAAAGCAAUUAGACUCUUGUUACGAAUGGCUGCUUACCGUAGACAUGGUUCUCUUACCGAUGGAUGCCAGGAAUUGAAAGAAAGCGACAUAAAACUUGGUUUCAAUAAGUUAACUCAGAAUAAUUCUAUUUGCAACUGCUGUACCAACUGAAAAAGAAUUAUAAGUAUCGAGAUAAAGUACUAAACUAGAUUGGUAUUCUGGUUUUUACGAAGAUUCAGUUCCAGAAAAGAAAAUUCAUUUAAUUAUUCUUAAACAGUCGAUAAAAAAAUAGACACGCCGAUUUUUUUCUAUGUUUUGCAGUUCAUUAAUAAAUCUAGUUAUGUUAAACUCGCCUAUUAACCCAGAGAAUAAGAUGAACUAAAUUAGUAGAAAGAAAAGGACAAUAGAAUCGCGUUUAUAGUAACAGUGGGUCGGUUUCAUUCUGUCUAUGGUAUACUAUGGUAUAUUAACAGUGGACGAGGUAUUAGUGAUAAGCAGCAAGAGACAAAAGUAACCAGUAGGUGGAUCUCUAAUACGAGGUUGUCACACAAAAUUACUUUUGGUUUUAGAGUGACUUGGCUUUAGAUUCAGGAGUGAAAAGUGAAUCAGAGAUGAAGUAUUCCAUAGCACUUAAGUCAGUCUUACAACAAGCAUUCAUUUGAUCAGGUUGUCCAUUCUUCGUAGCUUGGUGAACUGUAGUAUGAUUAGAUAUAUUGACUGAGUCAAGGACAAAACGAAGCACCUGCAGAGGUUUUGCACGCGUAGCUUAUUGGUUAUUUAUUUCGUCUUCAUUCCCAUACAGCAGGGUAUUUUUCUUUUACGUUUUGUCAAAAGGGAAGGCAGUACCUAAGUCACGAUUAGAGAGUCUCUGACGCAGUUGGGGAGGAAGUAGAACAUUGUCUUCAUACUGCAGUUCUGAUCUGAAUGCUUGGACCCUCUUAAAGGUAGCCAAUGUGUCAGGUCGUUGUUUUAAAUCGGGUGAGGGUUUCAGUAUACCACCUAAAUCGGCCAUGGUAAAUUUCAAACUCUAAGAGCCGAAAUAAAUACCGUAAGAUGUUUUUUCUUUUUUCUUUUUGUAUUGGUGCUUUUUAUCGACUUCGAAUAAAUGAAAGGUAACGUUGAACUAAUCGGGGUUUGAACUCAGAAUGAUAAUAGAUAUUUCUUAUUCCAUAAAACUUAAAUACAUUGAACGAAUUUGGGGAAAUUCUGGUAACUUUUUCAAGUUUUGCAAACUGGAAUACUUUUGAAGUUUAUUAACUCUUGAAAUAAAUUUGUUGUUUGAUA